AUGGACCCCUUCGGUCGCGGAGAGCACCAGGGUCCGCCCCGGCCAGCACCAGCGCGGGGUGCAGUGGCGGGGGCCCGCGCGGACGCGCUGGCGAAGAAGGCCGGCAACGGGUGGGACAUGAACGAGUUCGGGCACGCGUGGACGCACGGAUACCUCCAGAAGAAACCAUGGCACCCUUUGAACUUCCGCAACCAGAUGGUGCGGUACGAGAGGGAGCAGGCUGCGUACGAGCGCGAACAGCGGAACGAGCGCGCGCGGAGGGAGCUGGAGGCGGAGAACCAGCGGCUGCAAGACAUCGCGCUGCUGCCGACGAAGGAGGCCGAGCGCAUCAGGUCGCUGCGCGAGUUGUCCUUCAUGUACGCGAAGCCGCCGGGGUACGACGCGGCUGUGGAGCGCGACAAGGCGAAGGACAGCGCACCGGCGGACCAGCCAGCGGCCGACCCCGCCGCCGCCGCUGCGCCACAACCGCACACCGGUGCGCGCGAGCAGGCGCGGACGAGCGUGAACUUCAAUCCCGACGCGCUCAAGGGCCUCAUCUCCCUCCGCGCGACGCUCGCGGGCCAGCGCGAGCUCCAGAUGGGCCUCGGGGGCCUGUUAGGCCGCAGCCCCCCCCGGGGGGGUGUUGCGGCGGACGCGGCGAACCAGCGCUUCGUGCUGUCCCUCGGCGACGACGACGCGGCACCCGCCGAGCCCGCGGCGCCCGCGGCGCGCGUGAGGCUGCCGCGGCGGCAGCGGCGUGAGCUGGUGAAGGCGCUGAGUGAGCUGGAGGCAGCGGCGGCGACGGGCGACGCGGAGGCGGUGGACGCGAGCCGCCUGCUCCGGACGACGCUCGUGCAGAGCGGCGUCGACGUGGACGCGUUGCUGCGCCGCCGCCGCCGCCGCGAGGACCGCCGGGCGCGGAAGCGCGCGCGCCGUGACGGCAAGCAGCGGCGGCGCGGCAGCGGGACCGGCGGGGCCCGGCGACAGCGACGCGUCCACGUCGUCGAGCAGCGGGCGGUCGGGCCGCGCCGCCCGCCGCCGGGGGCGGUCCCCGGACGUGUCGCCACUGCGGCACGAGGAAGGAGGGGGCCGGCGGCGGGACGGAGGGCCGCGGCGGUCGCGGUCCCCGCGGCGGGGCGCGUCGCGAGAGCGGCGGGAGCGCGCGGAGCUGGCGGGUGCGCGCGGAGCUGGCGGGGGCGACCGGGAGGUUGA